AGGAGGAGGUGUCUUGUCUGCCCGCCUGCUCCCGCUCCCUCUCUCUCUCUCUCUCUCUCUCUCUCCCCCCCUCUCUCUCUCUCAAUCAGCGAGGCUACUGCCACCAGAGCCAAGAGUUGCCGUUCCGCGCACCGAUGCCAAAACGCGCAGGAGGAGUCAGUGCCAAAGGGUCAUUUUAGCGCACCGCUGCUGAAAUGGAAGGACUGUAGGGAAUCCUAGAGUAAACAGCAGCAGUUUGACCCCAGAUGAUACAAUCAUAUCAUUAGAAUAAAGAGAAGAAGAAAGGGAAAGGCGCCAAAUAAGAGCCUGCACACAUCACCAGUGGAGCCAUCACCGCGGUCGCUGCAGAGGUGGGCAGUCCAGGAUAUUUUUUUUUAUCCGCAAAAGGUCAUUGCUUUAAAAACAUACCUGCGCAUUUAUCAGCUCUACGGCCGCUGCUGCCUCCUUAAAAAACACUCCACUUUGGCUUCCUUAAUCCAGGUGUUGCUUCCUAAAGCAGACGCUGCCUGCAGGACACUGUGGACUCCUCCAUCCUCGUUGCGCUCCUGUCCGGCUCCACACGCACCUUCCCAAGCGCGUGUCAAAGUUGCAGCUGAAGACUGUGGACAGCUGAGGGAUUAGGGAGGGAAAAAAAAAAGGGGGGGACAAAAGUUGGUCACCUGCGAUCCAGAGGGGACCGACACCACGGUCCAAGCCGACUCCAAGUGCCGUUCACCGGGCGAUGCCAGAGUAAAUGCCGGGGCAAUGUCCCGCCGCAAGCAGGUGAACCCGCAGCACUUAUCACUGACGCACAGGGAGACGAUACAAGCCGAAGCCAAUCAUGAUUCAGGGGCGGGAUCUCCAUCUCCAGAGCCGUCCAUCCCCAGCCCGCGGAGGCUGGCACCAGGGGAGCAUGACCUCCUGACCUGCGGACAAUGCCAGACCAACUUCCCUCUGGGGGACAUCCUGGUUUUCAUCGAGCACAAGCGCCGUAUGUGCCGUGGGCCGGGGAGCAGACCGGGGUCCUUCUCCAAACCGGGGGAGAACGGCGGGAUGGCCGGCAUCCAGAUCUCUCCCAGGGCCCGGUCACUGGAGCUGGGCAGGGAGUCCAUUCCGGUGGAGGUGGGCGUCCAGGUGACCCCGGGCGGCGAGGAGGAGGAGGAGAGGAGGAUGACGCCGGCGAGGGGGAUCUGUCCCAAACAAGAAAGAGGAGAUAAGGAUGAGCCCUCCAGCUACAUCUGCACUACCUGUAAGCAGACUUUCACCAGCGCCUGGUUCCUGCUCCAGCAUGCCCAGCACACCCACGGGAUCCGCAUCUAUCUGGACAACCACCUGGUCAACUGCUCCCUCACUCCCCGCAUGGCUCUGCCUCCUCCCCCCUGCACUGACGCCCUCCCACGAUCCCCUCUCCCCACUUUCCUCGGCGACACCAACAACCCAUUCCACCUCCUCCGCAUGGCUGCGCCCCUCCUCAGGGAACAUCCCCCUCCCCCAGGGUACAUGGAGACCCGGCUGCCUGCGACGCCACCCUUUGUCAGCCCCCCACCACCGCCCAGGCCUCCCCUAGAGCGGCUGGGCCCAGAGGAGAUGGGGCUGCUGUCACAGCACCCCAGUGCCUUUGAGAGGGUGAUGCGGAUGGCACCCAUGGACCCUCCUUCCAUGGACUUCUCCAGACGUCUGAGGGAGCUGGCAGGCAACACGACAAAUAACGGCGGGCCAACACCCCCUCUUUCCCCCAACCGCGUGCCACCUAUGCACCGCCUGUUGAGUCCGACGCUUUUCCAGCCUGGCGCCAAGCCUCCAACGUUUCUCAAUUAUGCCCCGCAGCCGCCAACUUCUCAGGGGGGACACGGUUCUUCCAGCCCUCCGGAUUCCCAGGGACAGAACCAGGCUGCAGCCAAGUCCAAAUCCUGUGAGUUCUGUGGUAAGAUCUUCAAGUUCCAGAGCAACCUGAUCGUCCACAGACGCAGCCACACAGGAGAGAGGCCGUACAAGUGUCAUCUGUGUGAUCACGCCUGCUCCCAGGCCAGCAAGCUCAAGAGGCACAUGAAGACGCAUAUGCACAACAAGUCUGGGUCCAUGAGCGGCUCCCCAGAACAGGGAAACAGAGGAGAGGUGGGAGAGGGGGAAGAAAAGAGUCGGGAGGGGGAGUCAAGAGGGAUGACAAUGGACAAUGACGAGGAGGAGGAGGAAGAGGAGGAAGAAGAGGAGGAAGAAGAGGAGGAGGAGGAGGAAAUGAGGAAUGGAAGUCGGCCAGAUUCCAACCUCAGUGAGGAUUCGCAGGAGUUCGGCCAGAACCGGGAGAAUGGCCAGAGGCAGUCUCCUGAAGAGAAAACUCUGAGUGGGGAUAGAGGGAGUGAAAGUGGCGGGGUAGGCAUCAUGCACCCAUACAACCACCUGGACAAUCACCUGAGACUGAACCCCAACAAGAGGAGUCUGGAGAGACAACCUAAUGGAGAGGGAGGAGAGAGGGGGGAAGGAGAAAGAGGAAGAGAGAAUGAGAGGGAGCAGGACAGAGAGCAGGAGGACCAGGAGGAGCACAGGCCCACCAUGAACGGCAGAAUAAGCGUGUCAGAGGCAGACUCCUUUCCUGGACUUUUCCAGCGUCGGCCCACUCCCAUCACCAGCCCGAGCCCCUCCAACAACAAGAGGAUCAAGAUAGAGAAAGAACAGCUGGAGCUCCCCCCAACCAUACCCCUCAUCUCCCCUGAGAACGUCUACUCUCAGCUCCUGGCUGGCUAUGCCGCGUCACGCCACUUCAUCAGAGAACCCUUCUUGGGAUUCACAGAUUCCCGUCAGUCGCCGUUCGCCACCUCCUCCGAGCACUCCUCCUCAGAGACGGGAAGCCUUCGUUUUUCCACCCCGCCCGGGGAGCUGAUGGAAGGAGGGAGCGCCUCGGGCCGCAGCGGAAGCAGCACUCCUCACCUCCUACGGGGCCCCGGACCCGGCAGACCCCCGAGCUCUAAGGACAGGAGGAAUGACACCUGCGAGUACUGUGGCAAGGUGUUCAAGAACUGCAGCAACCUCACGGUGCACCGGCGCAGCCACACGGGGGAACGGCCCUACAAGUGCGACCUGUGCAGCUACGCCUGCGCUCAGAGCUCCAAGCUGACACGCCACAUGAAGACCCACGGGCAGUUCGGCAAGGAGGUGUACCGCUGCGACAUCUGCCACAUGCCCUUCAGCGUGUACAGCACGCUGGAGAAACACAUGAAGAAGUGGCACGGGGAACAUUUGAUGGCCAGUGAGGUCAAACUGGAGCAGGCGGACAGAGGUUAAGCCAGCAAACAUUCAGCGACAGCAAACACAAGCAAACACUCACACAUACACGACACAUACACACACAAAAAUCCCUAUAACCACUUCUUCAGCUAUGGGGCUUGGCUGGAUAAUCUUUCUCUAAAAAAAAAAUUAGACUGAUUGAUGUUAAUCUUUUUUCUUGUCACAGAAACUGCCACCUGAGAAUAUAAACAAAGGGAAACUUUAAUGAAAAGUUGUCUGGAACGCCAUGCUUGGUGUUUCUUGGCAAACUGAGGAUUUUAUCAGUUAGGAAUCCAUGGAGCCUUUCUACUGUGCAAUAAUUUCUGUAUUUAUUGGAUUUUUGUAAUGAUAUUUGGCAUGUGCAGGUACAUCUUUGUGGGAUUUCAUAUGGAGUUAGUUUUGAAAUGUGCUAAAACAUUUUUUUUUUCUAAAACGAGAUAACUGGAAGUCACCCUUAAUACAAAUUUUCUUUCUUUUUUCCUUUAAGGAUGCUUAUUAUCAUGUGAGAGUAAAAUUGUGAAGCAGUAAGCUUUUAAAAGUAAAAAUAAUUGUUUUCUAUAUUAUGAACUGCAGCAGCGGACUACAAUCCAUUCCCUCACACAGGCCUAAAGCACUGAAUGUCAGCCUGACAAUAAAACAUCAUGCUGGGUUUAAAAAAUCCAGCGUUAGCGGAAAGACCUGAUUUAAAUUUAUUCAGGGAAUUUUAAAUAUUGGCUUGUGAAUAAUUCUUUCCAAAUGCAGUUACUGUAUUGCUGUCCUUGCUUCAGCCGGGACGUAAAUAAAGGUUGCACUUAAUGGAGGUACCCUUAACUGAUGCUCAGUACAUUCCCAAUGUAGGAUGAAACCACCGUAUUUAAAUAUAAGUUAAGACUACUUGUGAUUAAUGUGAGAAGGAGAACAGUCCUGUUUAUUGUUUGUAAAUAUAUUCAUUUUUUAAUGUUAAAGUAGCCCCGACUGUACGUGAAAGACGGCCUAAAACUAAACAAUCAGAAGACCAGCUGCUUGCAUCCUCCACAGUAUAUGCUAAGUGUAACUCCCAUUCAUUAUUAUCAGACCCCACAUUUGUUCAACUUCAACACUGUCUCAAUCCUCCAUCUCCCUCUGGCGUGGCCGCUCUCUCUGACCCAGGUUGACUCCCCUCCGUGUCCCGCAAAACGCCUCCAAAUGAAAUUCAUAUCAGCGCAUGUGUUAGCGUGUGUGUUUUCUUCUCUCCGCGGCGUGCUCUAAGCCUCUCUCCGACGGCGUCUUUUCACAGUUCACUAGCUCAGAUUCAUGCAUUAGAGCGGCUUUUAAAAGGGAAGCCUGUUCAUUCGCCUCACAAAGUGAUACGGGUUUAACUCGCAGUAACAGAUUCGGAGACAGUGUGCGUGUUCGUGACUUUUGGGGAUUACAGUUUUUUAUUUUCUGCAUCGUUCAUCCUGAAAUGAAUCUGGCUAUAUGAGUUAUGAUAAUUUUAAGCACAGCUGCAAUGUGGGGAAAGGCCAGGCGACCUUGGGUAGGGGCUAUUCUUAUAGUAAAAAUGAAAGAUUGGAGCUGAGAAAUGAAGAAAGAAAUGGAGGGAGAAGGAGCAAGACCUUGACCAGGGAGGAGAGUCAUUCAAAUGAAAUUGGAAGCAUAUGAAAAGUGAGGGCUUUUUUGUACCUAAAUGCACAGUUACUGGCCACAUCUUAUAGCGGGCCGUCUGAGAGAGACAGCCAGCGUUAGAGGGAGGGAGACAGAAAAGCCACAUGAAAGGAGACGGAGACUCAUCUUUCAUUUUAGUGCUGCAAUUCUCAAUCACCAGAACCAUCCUCACUUGAAAGUUUGACCUGCUUUUUUGGCCCUUUUGUCUGCUUUUCAUCUGCGCCCAAACACACUUGUUUUGAUCGAAAAAAAGAAUUUUUUACUGUAUCUUGGAUGCAAAUUCCUCUUUUUGUGAUUUCUUUAAGAAAGGAAAUGAUGUUAAGGUUACAGCAGCACUCCAUAAGCUAUUCAGUUGCAGCCUAGUUUGGUACUUUUUAGAGAGAUAACACAAAAAGAGAUCGUCUGAAGAGCUGCUUUCAGCUUGCUUACACAUGUUGAUGCAUGAGUGCAAAAAUCCAGAUCCUUUUGUGAACGCACAGUGUAUUCAUUCGAGGAAAACUCAGUCUGAGAGUCAGGCCAGGAAGAGCCAUACAGCUACAUUAUAAUCCACCGGAGGAACCCUGAGAUCUAAAUCACACAUGGACAUUCAGUCUUACAAUAUGUUUACAGUGUUGAAGUAUGCCAUUAAUGAAAUACUCUGUGUAAGUGUUUAAAAUGAUAAUAAAGUAUUGUUUUCGCCAAUGUUCUUUCAAAUGUUUUUGAAUGCCAUAGCAGUUUUGUAUGAUUAUCCUGGUGGAGGGAUUUAUCUUCAUGGAUAUGUUUCUGUAUGAUUACUCGUUCACUGUAUGGGAAGACAAUUUUUGGAAUUGUAAUAUUGCAGAAUCAUGCCAGAUUGUUAUUUUUUUCUAACUAAAGUGGUGCCAUUAUGACUUGGUUUCUUCAGUCUUUUCUUAUUUAAUUUUUUAAUAUUGUUUUCUGUUGGUUUGGUGAAGCUAUCCAUUAUGGAUGUAAAACAAAAAUGAUUAAAGAUGAUCCUAAAGGAAGAAUUUUCGGCAGGGGAAUACGAUGCUUUGUGCUGGAACGCUUUUCCAAAUCAAAUAUCUGAGACGUUCAUGAACUUUAUGUUUUUAUUUUUCUUUUAUUUUCCUUCAUGGUCAGUUGAAGGUCUUGUGAUGGCACUUACAACUGUAAUUUUAAAAUACAUUUUCAUAUUUCACUUUUCACAACUUUCACUUACACUCUUUGUACAAAAAUAGUUUCCUUGGUCUUUUGGGGGGGAGUGCAUCAUUGUGAAAAAAUAAGUGAUUUCAGAACAGUACACAUCUGCUGUUUUGAACAUAUAUGUAUUUUUGUAAUGUGUUGAAAAAUCAAUACAAGA